UGCCUAUGCCCCGGCCCCGCCCCGCGUCUGCUUGUGCCCUUUUCUGACGAGCUGUCGUGAUUUUGUUGAAAGUGGAUUUAUCUAUUUAAUAUUUACUGUAUUUUAUGAUUUUCCAAAAGAAUAAGUGUGUCAAGAAUGGAUAAAUGUGGAAUUUGUUUGAAACCUGCACAGCAACUCUUUGAAACGGGUACUGAUUCUGUGUAUGCCUGUUUCAAAUGUCAACCUCUUGUCCCUGAAGUGACAUUAGAUGAUAGUGAUCCUAGUACUGCUGAUCAGUCUUCUAAUAAUGAAGAGGAACAAACCAAUCACAAAUAUCAAUGUAAUGUAUGCCAUAAGUCAUUCCAGAAAAAUAUGCAGUUGCAAAAUCAUAUGCGGAAUCAUCGUGCAGAGAGGCGAUUUGUCUGCACUUUCUGUAACAAAGCGUUCUCCCAGUCAAACAAUUUGCGCGCUCAUUUGCGCAUCCACACCAAUGAGCGACCCUACAAGUGCCAGGAGUGCGGCAAAGCUUUUACUCAAGUAACAAACCUCAACAACCAUGUCCGCCUGCACACUGGAGAAAGGCCUUUUGUGUGUCCAGAACCUGGUUGCGACAAGGCAUAUGCACAGGUGACAAAUUUAAACCAGCAUCGCAAGCGUCAUUUGUCUGGCCGUCCCUUGGAGACAUCGUACCAAUGUCCCAUGUGCGGUCAGAGCUUUGCGCAAAGAAACCAUAUGUACACGCAUAGACGCGAAGCCCAUUCGACGUUGAAGAGCCCGGUGCGAGUUCGUUUCCCGUGUUCCAUGUGCGACGUGAAGCUGCCUUCCGAGAGGCUUUUGCAGGUCCACAUGGCCAGACACCAUCAGGAGGAUGAAGAAGAACAGAUGCAAUACAAGUGCGUGUUCGCAUCGUGUGGGGCGAUAGUGGGAUCUCCCCGCGAGCACACCGAGCACUUGCUGCGAGCGCAUCAGUUGCGCGUGCUCGCCACUCGUGCGCAGUCCCCACCCAAAAGGGGCCGACCGCCCAAGAUGAAGGACCCUCUAGAACUGGAUGACGACGACCAAUCAGAAUUCGAGGUUCCAAUAAUAAAAGAGGAGCCUCAGUACAUCCCCAAGUUAAAAGUGCAAAGUUUAUUUCAGUGAGUGAAAGAGACAAUAUUCCUGAUGAAUUAUAAAAGGCGUUAUAAGUACUCUGCGUGGUUGUUAAUAGUGGCUCGUACAAGAUGGUCCUUCGAGCCGGAGUGAAUUUUUCUUUUAAAAUAUUGAAUGAGUGGUGUCAUUCAAUGUAAAAUAUCUUCAAUUGUGAUAUAGAUAUUUUAUACGCUGUUGAAAUCACUAAUUGAUUCAGAAAUUUAACUAGAUUAUUGAAUCUGUAUAAAAGUGGUAUAAACUUGACACGCAGUGAACCUAUAGUAAAUGUUACGCCGCGUACUUAGAUUAUGUAUGCAUUUUGUAUAAAAAUAGUUUUGCAAAAUCGAUGGUUUAGAAUACAUUCCCAUCAUUUGAGUUUAAAAAAUUCUUGUAAAGGGAGAAAUAAUGAGAUUGGAGUGUCAUAGCAAUAUAUAAGUAACAAUAAUAUUAUUCGCUUACCAUAAGUGGUUCUUACAUUUUUUAAAUAGUUUUCAUUUAACGUAAUUAAGGUAUUCGUAUCAAUCGACAGACUUUUGUUUUAUUACAUUUUAUAUACAAAUUAUUGUGAGUGCAAUAUCAUUUCUGUGUAAACAUAAAGAAAAGAAUACAUAUUUUUAGAUACUAAAUAAUUAUAAGUGGUUUAAAAAGAAUUCGCAAAAUUGUAAAAGUUGAAUUAGUGUAUGGCUGGUUAUCUUAAAAUAUGUAAUAUUUUUUUGACCAAACAAAAUCCGAAAAAAAGGGAGUGUACUUAUGUACACGCGUUAGAAGUCAUACUUCUUUGGCGUAUGGAAAAAAAACUAAAAUGCAGUAGU